GCUGUCAGAUUUUCAGAAUUUUUUUCAUUUGAAUCAAUUGAAUUUCGAUUGUUGUUUACAAUCAGAGUUAAUGUUGAAUGUCUUUCUAAUCUACGAUUCUGAAUAGAUUCUAUUAUCUAUCAUAUCAUUAGAAUAAUAUGACUUCUAAUUCACCGAUUCGUAAUUUAAUUGGUAUCUCAUGGAUUUUACGUUUAGCUUUGACUUUAUUUCCUCAACAUGGUUACAUUCAACCGGAUGAAUUUUUCCAAUUCACUGAGCCGAUAAUUGGUGAAGCUCUCGGAACAAAAUGGUUGAAAACAUGGGAAUUUAAAGGUGACCAGCCAAUUCGAAGUAUUUUAUUGCCUCUCCUUCUCAAUUCGCCGUUUUUUCUUCUCAAACAAAGUUGGUUAAACAGCUAUUUCAUUAUGGUCUUACCUCGACUCAUUUUCACUGGACUUUCAUUCAUUGCCGAUUAUUGUUUGUAUAAAAUUUCAAAACUGACCCUUGGUUGGCAAUGGUCAUUUCCCUGUUUGAUUUUCUCCACCUCAUACUUAACGCUGACCCAUUUGAACCACACUUUCACCAAUUCUCUUGAGACUAUUUUUGUUUCUUUGGUGCUUUACAUUGUCAUCAGCAGUUUAGUCACUAAAAAGACUCGACACAACCGAUGGCUUGGAAUCAUUUUAGCCUUAGGAUUAUUUAAUCGUCCAACAUUCCCGAUUUUCACUUUCAUUCCAUUGAUUUUCUAUCUAUCAAUCGGUAAACAUAAAUUUCCCAAUAGACAAUUGAAAAAUGGUUUAACCGUCCUGCCGAGUUUCAGUUUAGCAAGUUUGUUCAACGUUCUAGUUGACUCAGGUUAUUAUCGACGAGAAAAUCUAGACCAUUUUAUUGAAUUUCUCUCUGGAGAUUUGAACUUAUCACAAUUUCUGGAUAAAAGCUCGGUGAUAUUCACACCUUGGAAUUUCUUGAAUUACAACAGAGAUACUUCUAAUCUUAAGAAUCAUGGUCUUCAUGAUCCUUAUCAUCAUAUGCUAGUCAAUGUCCCUCUUUCAUUUGGGUUACUUGGGCUUUUAGCUUAUUUCGAAAUCAUCAAAAUUUCCACGCGACCAUUUCGAUACAAGAUGAUUCCAGCUCGAAAAAUUAUGCUUCUCACAUUCUGGGUAUCACUUAUUACUCUUUCAUUUAUUCCUCACCAAGAGCCGAGAUUCCUGUUACCAUGUCUUCUUUUCCUCUCUUACCUUUACGCUGAAAAAUUCCGAGUAAGAAAAUCUCUAUUCUUCUGUUGGAUUUUGUUCAAUCUUUUCUUCACCUACAUCUAUGGAUUCGUUCACCAAUCAGGAGUAACUCAAGCACUUUUCAAGUUAAAUCGUGAUAUAAACCAAGACGAAUCAUCAAGAUUCGACAUAAUUUUUUCUCGAACUUACCUUCCACCCCAAACACUACUCAACAUACCUGUUGACAGUGAAAGGAUCAAGUUUCAUGAUCUUUCAAUUAUGGAUUUUCCUGAAGCAAUAAACAAUAAAUUGAAUGAAGUGGCACUAGAUUCAGAUCGCGACAAAGUCCUUCUAAUUCAGCCCAGUUCUUUAUCUUGGUAUUUAGACAAGUUAACCAACAAUUGGCAGAAUGUGACAUUUAACCUUCAACAUCGAUUCUUCCCUCAUUUUACUCAUGAAGAUCUGGAAGCAUCUUUUCAACACCUUCUAGUUAAUUCUGAGCGUGAAGAUCGUUACGAUCUCAUAAAAGAAGCCUUUAGUUUGGAUAUUUAUUCAGUCAAUUAUCCAAAGGGCCAAACAAUCAAUCCAAAUUUCCCAUAAACUUGAAAUAACUUUCCAAUCAUAAAAUUGAUCUCAAAGUAAUCAAAUGAUUUGAUUCAAUUUAACCACUGCCAAGUAAACAACCUAAACACUUUCAUCACAAAAUGCAAACCUUUCCAAAUCAACUUUUAGUCUUGUAAUAGAUUAAUUUAAAAUGAUCAACUAAAUAAAUACUAAGAAUUUCUAUUAAAAAUGAAAAUCAUUUCGA